AUGUCGACUGUGCAGAUCCUGAUUCUCGGCAGCGGUGCUGUAGCAGGGCCAUGUGUCGACUAUCUGCUGCGAAACCCGCGGAACAAACUCGUCAUUGGUUGCCGUAACCUGGAGACCGGAACAGCGGUAGCGGCUGGUCGUGAUAAUAUCCAGGCGGUCCAAAUCGACGUCGAAGAUCUGACAGAGUUGGAUCGAAGGGUUGCGGCCAGCGACCUUGUAAUUUCGCUCGUUCCUUAUGCGCAUCACGCCAAUGUGAUCUUGGCCGCGAUCAAAGGCAAGACGAAUGUGGUGACAACAAGCUAUACUUCUCCAGCCAUGCGAGAACUCGAAACCGACAUCAAAAAUGCCGGAAUCACCGUGCUGAAUGAGGUGGGCGUGGACCCAGGCGUCGACCAUCUGUAUGCCAUCAAGAUGAUCUCUGAAGUGCAUUCCAAAGGUGGAAAGAUCAGGGAGUUUCACUCUUACUGUGGCGGAUUGGCCAUGCCGGAGGUGUCUAAUAACCCUCUGAGGUUCAAAUUUUCUUGGUCACCCAGAGGUGCUCUGCUGAGCCAGUACAACCCGGCCAUUUUCCUCCAGAACAACAAAGUGGUCGAAAUUUCACGGGAUGACCUGAUGGACCACGCCCAGCCACGUUUUGUCGGCGAGGGUUACUCUUUUGUAGCCUACCCCAACCGAGAUUCCACUCCUUUUCGAGACUUCUAUGGCAUCCCGGAGGCACACACCGUUGUGCGAGGAUCGUUGCGCUACGAGGGCAAUCCGGAGCUCUUCCGUGCACUGGUCAAGCUAGGUUGGCUGGACACCGAGCCCAGCGAAUGCCUUCAGCAGGGAUCGACUUGGGCCCAGAUCCAAAGCCGUCUGAUUCGGGCUGCGGGCUCGGACGAGAGGUAA